AGUCACACACAGCACUAACUCCAUAAAACCCUUUACCCCCCUCUGCACUUCUCACAAAGGGGGAGGGAAGGGCUUGUCUGUUGAAGGGACGCUGAGCCUUUAUCCAGGACUCUAUCAUUUUUGAUUAAAGUUACCUUCUUCUGGAAAGGAUCUAAAAAAAAAGAACAGAGGUACGGAGAUGAGUCUUCCUCAGAUUCUGGGGAUUCUGCUGCUGCUUCUGAAUGUCACUCAUGCACAGACCAACAAAUUUAAUCUAUGCGUAGCUUCCAAGGCACAAAACUGCACAGCCUGUAUCCAAGCAGGACGGUACUGUUCUUACUGCACAGAUGAGAGUUUCCGAGGUUCCCGCUGUGAUGUACGUGAGAAUCUUAUUGACUAUGGAUGCAGUUCUGGUGGGAUCGUAUACAUGAAAAGUGAAAUCCUCACACAAGAGAAUGUCCAAAUUGAUACUAGAUGGCAGAAGACACAAAUUUCCCCCCAGCGGAUGUCCAUGCGGCUGCGUGCUGGCGAAGAAACUUCAUUUGACUUAAAUGUAUUUGAGCCAACGGACACUCCGGUGGACCUGUAUAUCCUUAUGGACUUCUCCCAUUCUAUGUCUGAUGAUUUGGACAACCUGAAACAGAUGGGACGGAACAUGGCUGAUGUACUCGGACAGCUCUCCUCCAAUAUCACCAUUGGAUUUGGAAAGUUUGUAGACAAAGUAUCUGUCCCACAAACAGAUAUGCGUCCAGAAAAGCUAAAGGAGCCGUGGACUGGCAGCACUCCUCCCUUCUCCUUUAAAAAUGUGAUCCGACUGACUAAUGAUGUUCCAUAUUUUGUGGAUGAGCUUAUGAAGGAGAGAAUAUCUGGAAACUUGGACCCUCCAGAAGGUGGAUUUGAUGCCAUCCUGCAGGCAGCUGUGUGCACGAACCAAAUUGGAUGGAGGAAAGGCAGUACCCAUCUGCUGGUGUUCUCUACUGAGUCAGCAUUUCACUACGAAGCUGAUGGGAUGAACGUACUAGAUGGAAUCCUAACAAGGAAUGAUGAGCAGUGUCAUUUAAAUGCGAGUGGCAUGUACACCCAUGACACCCUACAAGAUUAUCCAUCUGUACCAACCAUAAUCAAAGUACUUGCAAAGAACAACAUCAUCCCAAUCUUUGCUGUUACCCCACACUCUUACAGUUACUAUGAUAAACUGAGUAAAUAUUUCAAGGUGUCUGAGAUCGGAGAACUGCAGGAAGAUUCCUCAAACAUUGUGGAAUUGAUCCGAGAUGCUUACAAGAAAAUCAGCUCAAGGAUGGAUAUUCGAGAUGACAGCACCCCACGAGCCUUUAAUAUCACAUUCUCAUCUGAAAAAGCCACUCUUACUGAGACUGGAUCAUUCCAGGUCAACCGUGGAGAAGUGACAAAGUUCCGUGUAAAUGUGAAAGCUUUGGAGACAGUGGGUGGAAAACAUGUUUGCCAAAUGCCAGCACAGGACCAGGCGGGUACAUCUCUUAUCAAACCAUCAUCCUUCACCAAUGGACUGCAACUUGACGCAUCAGUCAUGUGUGAUGUUUGCCCAUGCGAGCUGCAAAAAGAACUGGAUUCCCCCAAAUGCAAUUUUAAUGGACAUUUUGUGUGCGGAAGCUGCGAGUGCAAAAGACAAUGGAGGGGAGAGUUUUGUAACUGCUUACUUGAAGAGAAUAAGGACAGCCAGUCAUGUAUAGCCCCUGGGAGUGAUCUGAUCUGCUCUGGGAGAGGAGAGUGUCUCUGUGGGGUCUGCCAGUGCCACUCAGAAUCUAACAAUCGACAAUACCAAGGAGAAUUCUGCCAGUCCAACAACUUUGAGUGCCUGCGGACCAGCGGAUUCAUGUGCAAUGACAGAGGAAAUUGUUACAUGGGCAACUGCUUGUGUCAGGAUGGCUGGGGGGGGCCUGGCUGUGACUGCCCAACCAGUAAUCUUACAUGCCUGGAUAGUAAUGGGGGUCUGUGCAAUAAUCGGGGGCAGUGCGUGUGCGGUCAAUGCCAGUGUGAUGGUGACUCCCAGAACAUGGAUUCCACAUGUGAAUUCAGCUCUUCAUUGUUCCUAUUGGGAGUGUGUGAAGACAUCAGGACUUGUGUUCAGUGCCAGACAUGGGGCACAGGGGAAAAAAAAGGAAAAAAUUGCUUGGAGUGUAACUUCAAAGUAAAGAUGGUAGAUGAACUUAAGAAAGUGGAUGAGGUGACUGAGAUGUGCACAUUCCGUGAUGAAGAGGAUGACUGUACGUAUCAUUAUACGGUGGACGGACGGUCUGGUGUGCCAGCGAAUUCCACUGUGCUAGUGCAGAAAAAGAAAGAAUGCCCCCCUGGUGCCUUUUUGUGGCUGAUACCAUUACUUAUCUUCCUGAUGCUGCUCCUCGGUCUGCUGCUACUGCUGUGCUGGAAAUAUUGUGCUUGUUGCAAGGCAUGUCUGGCUCUGCUGCCUUGUUGCAGAAAAGGUCGUUCUGUUGGGUUUAAGGAAGACCACUACAUGCUAAGACAGAGUUUGAUGUCUUCUGAUUAUUUGAACACUCCGAUGGUCCGCUCAGGCAACAUGAAAGGUGGAGAUACUGUGCGCUGGAAGAUCACCAACAACGUACACAAACCACCCCCCUCCCCAGGGGACCUUAAUCCUAAGGAGCUAGUACCAUAUGGUGUCUCACUAAGGUUGGCACGACUCUUCACUGAGAACCUCUCCAAGCCACAGACAAGGGAAUGUGACCAGCUGCGCCGAGAGGUGGACGAUACACUAAAUGAUGUGUACAAGGUGAUACCAGGAACCCACAAGGUGAAACAAACAACCUUCCGGCUCCAGUCUAAUGCUGGGAAAAGGCAGGACCACACUAUCACUGAUACGGUGCUGAUGGCGCCGCGGGAAGCUGAGCCAGAGAUUGUGAAAGUAACUGAGAAACACGUGACGCAGGAGGCCUUCCAGGACCUCAAGGUCACUCCUGGCUACUACACGGUGACCUCUGAUAGAGAUGCCCAUGGUUUAGUGGAGUUCCAGGAUGGGGUGGAGAUGGUGGAUGUGCGGGUUCCUCUCUUUAUUAGGGAUGAAGAUGAUGAUGAGAAACAGCUGCUGGUGGAGGCUCUAGAUGUUCCCUCAGGAAUUGCUCGACUAGGAAGGAAAAAUGUAAACAUCACCAUUAUCAAGGAGCAAGCAAAGAGCAUAGUGACGUUUGAAAAGCCAGCGUACACGUACAGUCGUCAGGACCAGUUGGCCAGAGUCCCUGUCACACGAGAGAUCCUGCAGAGUGGGAAGACACAGGUUUCAUACCGUACCCAGGACCUGACUGCACGUGAUACCAAGGAUUACACCUCAUCUGAGGGCGAGCUGACCUUCCAGCCAGCGGACACGCGGUCUGAGAUUCUGGUACCUCUCCUUGACCGCUCUGAAGUGGACACUCUGCUCGGAAAUCGUCAAAUCAAACAGUUCCUGCUGGAACUCAGCAACCCGAAAUAUGGGGCUAAGAUUGGCAAAUACCCACAAUGCACCAUUACCAUUGAUGACACUCCAGAUAUUAUGCCAAAGGCACAUGAAUUCCAGUCUGCCCAAUCACCACGAGGGAAGCUUGGAGCCCCAAUUAACCUAAACUGUCAGGCUGUAAGUGCCAGGAAAAUCCGCAUGAACUGGAUUCCUCCAGGUGGCAAACCUACAGGAUACAAGGUGAGGUAUUGGAUUCAAGGAGACUCAGAAUCAGAUGCCACUGUCUUAGACAGCAAGGUGCCCUCGGCAGAGCUAAAUAAUCUUUAUCCAUACUGUGAUUAUGAGAUGCGUGUGUGCGCCUACAAUGGGCAGGAGGAGGGGCCUUACAGUGAUGUUGUCACCUGCCAGACCCUGCAAGACAUUCCUAGCGAGCCCGGACGAUUGGCCUUUAAUGUCAUUUCAAGUACAGUGACACAGCUUAGCUGGGCAGAGCCAGCAGAGACCAACGGUGAUAUCACAGCAUACGAGGUCUCCUAUGGUCUAGUCAACGAGGACAACCAGCCUGUGGGUUCCAGAAAGAAGGUACUGAUAAACAACCCCAAGAAAAGGAUGGUACUGAUUGAGAACCUACGGGAGUCUCAACCAUAUCGGUACACUGUGAGGGCUUGCAAUGCCAUUGGCUGGGGACCUGAGAAAGAUGCAACCAUGAACCUGGCCACUCAACCCACGCGACCCAUGUCCAUUCCCAUCAUCCCAGAUGUCCCCAUUAUUGAUGCUGAAGCAGGAGAGGAGUAUGACAGUUACCUGAUGUACAGUGCAGAUGUCUUGCGAUCUCCAGUUGGCAGUAAGAGGCCCAGCAUGUCUGAUGAAUCAGGCCGACACUGGAAGUACGUACCUCUCUUGGGAUCGGAGCUGGACUUGCGGCACGUCACCUGGAAGUUGCCUGUAGAUGUUAUACCGCGUCUGUCAGCCAGCAGUAGUCUAUCCACAGACACAGAGGCCCUGAUGGAUCAGAUGGAUAAUGCCAGCUCCCUGAAGUGGAAGGGGACCAUCCGUGAGAUCCCAGAAGAACAAUUGCUAAAUGGUCGUAUGGACUUUACAUUCCCUGGUUCAACCAGCAGCCUGACACGCACAGUGACCACUGGGUACCAACAGCUCGCACCCAACAUGCAUCAUGAGACCCACAGAUUUGGCAGCACUAGUUCGCAGCACUCUCAGCACUCCAGCUCUCAGCACUCAAGUUCUCAGCACUCAACUCUCAUAAGUGGACAUACUACAACAGGACAGAGCAGACUAGGACUUCCCCCUCUUAUGAUCGGAGGAAGAGGUCGUACUCCAUCAGAGGAUGUAAGGGAUGCGCUAAGUAGCCUGGAUGUGGCUAUUCAAGACUCACGCCUUUCCCCAGGGAUCCCAGACACUCCCACCCGCCUGGUGUUCUCAGCUCUUGGACCUACAUCACUUAAAGUCAGCUGGCAGGAGCCACAGUGUGAAAAAGAGGUGCUAGGGUACAAGGUGCAUUACCAGCUGCUCAAUGGAGCUGACUCACGAACCAUUGACAUACCGAACCCACGGGAGAACUCUGUAGUCGUGGAGGAUCUGCUCCCCAACCAUUCCUACAUGUUCCGAGUCAAGGCACAGAGCGAGGAAGGAUGGGGACCGGAGCGUGAAGGAGUAAUCACCAUUGAGUCACAGGUGGACCCUCAGAGUCCCCUCAGCCCAGUGCCAGGAUCUCCCUUUACCCUUAGCACACCAAGUGCUCCUGGACCUCUUGUUUUCACAGCCCUGACUCCAGACUCCUUACAACUAAGCUGGGUGAGACCUCGAAAACCCAACGGAACCAUUCUAGGAUACAUGGUCACUUGCGAGAUGCUUCAUGGAGGUGGGGAGCCCCGCAACAUCUAUGUGGAGGGGGAUAACCCUGAGACCACCCUGACGGUCCCAUUCCUGAAUGAGAAUCUACCUUACAAGUUCAAAGUACAGGCAAAAACCACUCAGGGAUUUGGACCAGAGAGAGAGGGUAUCAUUACUAUCGAGUCCCAGGAUGGAGGUAACUUCUCCCAGUAUGGGAACCAACAGAUAACAAGGCGUGAAAUUUUCAACCUCCCCUCCGAGUACACACACAGCAGCGUUACACACACCACAAUGCCCGAGCCAUUCUUUUCAGAUGGUAUGUCACUCACCUCACAACGGGUAGAAAGCUCAGGCACCGUCACUCAGCAGGUCACCAAAGAGUUUGUCACACGGACCAUGAUGUCAGGUGGUUCCCUUACUAGACAGGUUGACCGGCAAUUCUAUGAGGCCUGAUAGGAAAUAUUGGUUUUGCUGUCUUCAUGCUCUGGACAUCACCUAAUGCCACCUAUCAGUGGCAAUUUGUUAUCACUGCCUCUUUAACUUCUAUGGGAGUUGGUAUUCUGCUUCUGCUCACAUAACCCUUUAAGUGGGCCACUGGUGAGUUAAAUGUUAAAAAAGGGUGUGGUAGCUGCUUGGAAAGCUGCUUGGAAAAUCUCUGAACUCCUGAUACUACUUAUAGGGAUAUAAUAGAGGUUAUUCUUCUACCAUGUGUUUUAAUGUAAAAUAAAAAAUGUCCUGCAUACAGUCUAUUAAAAGUAAUACCAAAGGAUACUCUUAUGGGGAGGAAUUCCAAAAGCAGGCAACAUCCCCAUUCAAUGCAUGCAUUAAACCAAAUUUUAUUUAAAGAUAUAUAUAUUUUUUACUAUGUAAAUACGUUUCCAGAAUAUUUUUUUUUUCACCACUGUUGGGUACAAAGGGAAAUUAAGUAUAUUUUUGGAUAAAGUCUUAAACAAAGGAUAUCAUACCAAGGGAAAUAAUAUUUUCAGUUGGAAACUGCUCUGAUCAAUGGUUUAAAAUAAUAUACAUCUUGGGUUACUGUAUAGUAAAUGGUCCCUAAAUUACAGCAAACCAUAUUUAACCAUUUAAGUACUUAUCAAAUGUAUAUAGAGCUCCAUUCAACCCUCCUGCUUUGUGUUCUCUAAAGAUAAAUCUGCUUUUUCUCUACUUUACAAAAAAAAUUGUGAUUGCUUUAAAAGCCUGUUUUUUUAUUAACUGGUGGAUUGACAGAUAGAUAACAUAACCAAGCAAAAACAGAAUACAUAUUCUGAGGGAAUUGUUAUGGAACGCCGGACAUAACUGAUCAUAAAACAGCCUCCAGUUGUCAUAGUAACAUUAUUUUGUAAGGGAUAGCAUUUUUUUCCUAACAGCUGCUAUAAAAUUGGUAAAGGAAAUUUGUACACUGUUAUAAGAUGCCAAAUGCCUUACGAAACACAAGCUUUGCACAGCUUUAUAAACAUGGGAGUAGGAUCUGGAAUUAUAUAUACUUAAGAAUAUAGCAGCUAUGCAUUCUUUUUAUUUUUUUGAUUUGUAUAUAAAUUUGUUACUAUGGCCACUACCAUCGACUUUUUUUUUAAUAUGAAGUCGAUGCAGAAGUCCCUACGGUUUUUAUAUAUUGGCAAAAUUCUUUAAGAACCAAAUAUGACUUGGUUCCAGUUUACUGAUCUGAGGAGGGAAGGGUCUAAAUGUUCAUUAGAGUCAGCAUAUUCUGUGUUUUAUUAGAGGGAUAAGUGCAAUUUAAUUAAAAAAGAAAAAAACAUGACAGCACUCCUAAACAAAAGGAUCCAGAAAAUAUAGAACCAAAACAAAACCAUUACAGAAAAACAAACAGAGACUAUACUUUCACUUCCUGCUAUAACAUAUCUGGCUUAUUUCCAACUGAAAUUCUGGUUUAUUGUGAACCACCACCUGUUUCUGACCAAAACAUUUUGAAUACACAGAAAUAUGAGAAACAAGUUUAUUUUGCACAGUAGAUGGCAGUAGUUGGAAAGUGCAGUUUUCUGCCAGGCUCACUGGUUCAGAUUACAGUGCCAGCACUCCGGCCCCAGAUGAUGGUUUGGUAACAUAAAAGGUUGGGGUGCCGCUGUACUUCUCCUGCAAGAAGCAAACAAACAGCAUUGUUACCAACAACAUUGAAAGAUCAACACAACCCCUUCAUCUCUAAAUCCAGUCUCGAUGCAUUGUGAGCUUUGCUUUGUUUACACACUGUUACCAACUUUAAACUUGCUCCUACCCUUUUUAUUGUAAUAAUAAAAUGCAUUUUUGUACAACU